UCUUCGUUGCCUGAUAACGUCACGUCAAGGAGACUGUCGAGGCUCAUCUGCACAGGAACUUCUAUUAUCACCACCUAGGCCAGCUCGAAGUAAUGAUUGCGAUGUGGGUUUUGUUCGUGCGUGGCUAUAUCUCGAAGAUGUUUCGUGGCUCUCAAUUCCUAGGUUCCUGUGUUGCUUGAAAACGUCAUCCUGACGCUGUGAUCUUCCGGCAGACAAGCCAUAUGCGCCGGAUUUGCAAUACUAUAACUUGACCUGAUUAUCUUCCUAAAUUCUUUUCUCGCGCAUUAACUUGUCCAGAAAGCUGCAUUUUACUUAAUAUACGCAAGUUGUGAGUUGUCAGGUUGAGAUCGUCCGAAUUGCUACUGGAUCACCGCCAUGCAAGAGUACACGGAAAAGCCAGCAAGCGGUGCUGAAUCACAAUUUCAGCCUGGUCACCGGAUCCCAAUCCAGCAUCAGAAAAAGCCUGGGCUACAGGCGGAACUGGAGGAUCCCAAGCCUGCGUCAACCUGCAUACCGACCGACGACUAUGGAUACCAGACAUAUAAGGCAGCUGGGAAACUCGCUGGAAAGCGAGCUAUCAUUACGGGUGGCGACUCUGGGAUCGGUCGCGCUGUUGCCAUACUGUUUGCAAUGGAAGGGGCAUCUAGCCUAAUCGUAUACUUGCCCGAGGAAGAGAUAGAUGCUCAAGAAACAAAGAGAAGAGUGCAGGAAGCUGGAAAAGAAUGUCACUGCUUGGCAGUAGAUCUCCGGAAAAGGGAGAACUGCCAGAAAGUGGUCGACGUCGCCCUUCAGUGUCUGGGAGGAAUUGACAUUCUGGUGAACAACGCUGCGUUCCAGAACAUGGUCCAAGACAUCAGUGAGCUAGAUGAGGACCAAUGGCAUCGCACCUUUGACACAAACAUCCAUCCUUAUUAUUACUUGUCGAAGUACAGUCUACCACAUAUGCGAUCUGGCUCGACGAUCAUCAACUGUGCAUCUGUUAACCAUUAUAUUGGCCGAGGUGACCUCCUUGACUAUACAUCUACGAAGGGCGCAAUCGUUGCGUUCACUCGAGGAUUGUCCAACCAACAAAUUGGGAAAGGAAUUCGAGUCAACUGUGUGUGCCCUGGUCCAAUCUGGACUCCCUUGAUCCCAUCCACCAUGGAUACUUCUGCAAUGGAACAAUUUAGCUCCGUGCCCAUGGGUCGCCCGGGCCAACCUAGCGAGGUUGCAACAUGCUUUGUUUUCCUUGCAAGUCAUGACAGUAGCUACAUUUCGGGACAAAGCCUGCACCCCAAUGGCGGUGUAAUGGUCAACGGCUAAGCGGUUGCCUCAAGCGAUCUCAGACUCACAACAAAGACGAACAGGUACUUGAAUGCUAGGGCACCAGACUGCUUGAACCAUUUACGUUCAAUGGUUGGUGGCACCUUUGUCAGAAAGAGAGAUAGCAAAUGAUAAGCCCGUAUUAUCUGGUAAAUUGAAAUCCGAGCACCGAAGACAUAUCAGUCAAAAGGUCACUUGACUCGUUGUAUG